AUGGCCCAAUACACCAACAAUGCCGCCGCCGCCAGCCCGGCCGUCAACUCGACCCCGGGGAACCAGUCCGGCCCGGGCUCCCAAAAGGGCACCUCGUCGACGGCCAACGACACUCCGCAGGACGACAGCCAGGCCGACGCUGGCGGCCCCAACGCCCAGCACAAGCGCGUCUACCAGGCCUGCAUUCCCUGCCGCCGCCGCAAAGUGCGAUGCGAUCUCGGCAGCGUCGACAACCCCCACGACCCGCCUUGUGUCCGCUGUCGUCGAGAGUCCAAGGAGUGCUUCUUCUCGGCCACCCGCCGCAAGCGUAAGACCGAGGACGACGGCAGCGAUCUCGAGGAAUACAUCAUUAGAAAUGGUCGCCGCAAGCUCCAGGCCACCAGCCCCGGCCGCUACGAUCGCAGAUCCUACGCCGAGUCUCCUGCUCCCCCAAGCACCGCCGCCAGCGCCAGCGCCAAUUGGCGAAGCCAGCCUCUGCGCCGUCCCGAUGGCGGCCGUCGCGACAAGAGGACCGGCGAAUACUCCGAUGACGAGGGCAACCAGACUCUCGAGAACCUCGAGGCACAGUCCGUGAUGCGCCAUCUCGUCCACGGGCCCCACGACGCCCUCGACCUCCUCUACAAGGCUGCUACUGAUGGCCCAUCUUCCGACCACCGACGCGAUAGCAGCAUUGUCUCUGCCGCUGCCGCUGCCGCUCCCAUCUCGGCCGCCUCUACAUCCCACACGAAUCCUUUCGGGCUUCCCAACCGACGCCAAUCUUCCAUUCGCGAACUGCCUCGCCAGCCAUCCGCCUCGGCCCGCCCUGCCCAAGUCGAGCACCACUCCUCCGAUCUGGCCUCUCACCCCGCCUAUGCCGACGCUAUCAAGGCAUGGUCCAGAUUCCGCUUUGUUCGCGCCGGUUGGUUUACUGCCCAAGAGGCAAUCGAAUACAUUGACUACUACUACAAAUACCUUUCUCCUCUUACGCCCAUUUCGCCACCCACUUUCAGCAACCCCGCCUCUCAUCUCACUCUCCUGACGGAAGAACCCAUCCUUACCGUCACUCUUCUCACCAUUGCCUCCAGAUAUCGCCAGAUCCCCGGCACCGGUGGCCAAUGCCGUUCCCACGCCAUCCCCGAGCAGCUUUGGACAUAUCUCCGUGGCAUGAUUGAGCGGUGCCUCUGGGGCCAGGAGGCCUUUGGCGGCGGAUUCUGCGGCUCCGGUGGUUCUGCUACCACUGCCAUGCUUAGCGAGGACACGAGUAGCACUGCUCCAUGGCGAGGCCUGCGUAAAGGUAGCCUGCGAACUCUCGGCACCAUUGAGUCGUUGCUCAUCCUCACCGAGUGGCAUCCCCGCGCUCUCCAUUUUCCUCCACAAGAGGCUACGGACGAGCUCGUCAUUCCCAUGGCUGAGUCUUCGCCGCUCAUGGCCACAGAGGACGAAAUGUCUCGCCCGACAGGCGGUAACUUUGGUGGAAAGAGGAUUGAGAGCUGGCUCGAGCCCGCCUGGCGAAGCGAUCGCAUGUGCUGGAUGCUGCUGAGCACGGCCAUGGGUCUUGCCUAUGAGCUGGGCGUCUUUGACGAUAUUGAUGCCAUGCUCAAGGACGACGCCCUCGCUCGUCCAGAAUACCGUGACGAAGCCUAUCGCCUGCGUGCCAAUCGCAUCAAGCGUCUUCUCCUCAUCUACACCUCGCAGCUGGCUGGUCGUCUUGGUUGGACCAGUAUGGCUCCAGAGCAUCUCCGUCGUGCCGACCCUGCUGUUGCUCGCAAGCGCCCCAUGACGACCGACAGCAACACCCCAUCCACCAGCUACUCCCUCUCCAACACCUUCAAUUACGUGCCCGACCUGGAGCUCGACGACCAAAUCAUCCACUGCUGGGCCGGCAUCAGCAAUGCCAUGUAUAUCGGCAACGAAAAGUUCUUCAAGUCGCGCCAGCACACGACAGACAUUAUCCAAAGUGGCAAGUACGUCGAGCUGCUCGGCGAGUACGGCCCCAUGCUCAAGGACUGGUACCGCGAGUUUGAACUCUUCCGUCUCCCCCAGUAUAUCCGCUACAUCUUGACCAUCGAGUACGAGUAUGUGCGCAUUUACGUCAACUCACUCUCUCUCCAGGCGGUCGUGGAACGCUGCACCAACAACGCUACGCAAACGGUCUCGAACAACUCCAACGGCCAAACGCAGCAGCCCACGCUCUCACCCGCGACACUCAUGACGUAUGGUAAGCUUCCUAUUGGUCAGCUAGGUGGCUUUACCGCGCAAGAUCAAGAAUACGUUCGCGAAGUUGUCGACGGCUGCCGUAAGCUGCUCCAUACUGUGGUCGAUGGCCUUCUGCCCGGCGGUUACCUCAAGCAUGCGCCGGUGAGGACAUAUUUCCGCAUUAUUAGUGGAGCCAUGUUCCUGCUGAAGACGUUUGCCCUCGGUGCGCCGCGAGCUGAUGUGCGUAAGAGCAUUGAUCUUAUGGAUCUCACUGUUGAGGCGCUCCGCAACUGCGUGGUCGAUGAUGUCCACCUGGGUCUUCGAUUCGCCGACCUGCUCGAGACGCUUACGAGCCGCCUCCGAACGCGUUUCAUCCAGGCACCCACCGGCCCGCUGUCUGGCAAGGAGCAAAGCCCGAUGCCCGAAUCUGGUGCCGCCGGCGCUCAAGCCGGCGAAAGCGGCUGGUCUGGCCACGCCCAGAAGCUGCGCGACGGGCUGAAUGGCCAGCGCCGGCCUCUCUCGCCGACCAUUGAGGGCAACAUCUCUGCUACUCCGUUUGACCUGGGCACCGGCAGCUUCCACUACCACCCGCCCGUAUCUGCCGGCCCCGCCACGCCCGCAGCCAUGGAGAAUGGCGGCACCGCUGGCGGCAUGGACGUGACGCUCUUUGAGGAGUGGAACAAUCCCGGCAACGAAAUGUGGUAUCUGCCCGCCGGUCCGGCAUUUUUCCAAAACAUGGGCGGCGAUGGCGGCGUCUCCAUGACGGCCGAGGGCGUCAACGUCGGCGGUCUGGAUCUGCUCGAAUACAUGGCCAUGGACCCUGUGCAGUUUCCAGGCUUGGAGUCUGGCGGAUCGGGGCAAAACGGAGGAACCCAGCCGCUGUAG